AUGCGCCGAGCGUGGACGCCUCGAUUCAUUCCUGCGCACGUACGAUCAUUCCUGAAUUUGCUUUCGGACAAGGAGCAUCUCCUCUCGGACAUCUUGACGACUCAGUGCCACGUAACCAAGCUCUGGUCCCACAUGGCGCCCAGCGUGAGCGUCCACAGCUUCCACGACGCGGACACCCCGACGACGGGCAGUACGCGCUACGCCAUCAUCGUGUGCGCGUUCGCUUCGCUCGGUGGGUUUUUCUUCGGCUACGACCAGGGUGUGACGUCCGGCGUGUUGAUUAUGGAUUCGUUCCUGAACGACUACUGCGUCGGGUGGCACAACUUCACCUACGAUGACUGCACCCGGUCGUCUUCGGACCUCCCGGGACAGUGGACGAGCUUCACCGUGUGGUACAACAUGGUCUACAACCUUGGUUGUCUGGUUGGUGCUCUGAUUGGCGGCUACGUCGCGGACAGGUACGGUCGUCGAGCUACGAUUUUCUCCGCCGGCGUCCUGUUCUGCAUCGGGACGACGUGGGUUUGUCUAAACCCCGCACAGGAUCACACGCUCAUGUACAUUGCGCGUAUCGUACAGGGCUUCGGCGUCGGCAACUCAUCGUUCUCACUCCCACUGUUCGGAUCUGAGAUGGCCCCGAAGGAGCUGCGCGCGCGUCUGUCCGGUUUGAUGGUGCUGCCCGUCACAUUCGGUCAGUGGCUCGCUAACCUUAUCAACAUCCUCGUCAUGGACGACAGCAACGGCUGGCGUAUUAGUAACGCCGUAUCGAUGAUCCCUCCGGUGAUCGUCAUGUGCGGCAUCUUCUGCGUGCCCGAGAGUCCUCGUUGGACGUGUCAGCAGAAGGGCAGGGAAGAGGCUGAGGCGGUUCUUAAGCGGCUACGACAGACGGACGACGUACGCCAUGAGCUCGAAGCGAUCGGUGACCAGAUUAACCAAGAAGAGACUGGGAACAAAGGCAUGGCUGGACUGUGGGAACCCACGGUGCGACGACGUGUGUUCAUCGCCAUGGCGCUACAGCUCGGCCAACAGGCGACUGGUAUCAACCCCAUUAUGACGUACGGGUCGCUUAUUUUCAAGGACAUCACAGGUGCCGGUCUCUACGCUUCGCUCCUUCUAAGCGGCGUCAACUGCUUGAGUACCACACCUGGUUUGAUUUGGUUGGAUAAGUACGGACGCCGCUAUAUGGCCAUGAUCGGCGCUGUAGGCAUGGUGAUCGGCCACCUGUUCGCUGCUAUUCUGUUCACGGCGAUCUGCGACGGCAACGUCGACGACUCGGGCUGCCCUUCGGUCGGCGGAUGGUUUAUUUGCUUAGGUACAGCUUUCUUCGUCUUCAGCUAUGCCGUGUCGUGGGGCGCUCUACCUUGGAUCUACUGCUCGGAGAUUUUCCCACUCAACGUACGUGCGUCUGCUGUGUCUGUGGCUACUGCAGCCAACUGGAUCGGUGCCGCCAUGACGGAAGUCGUCAAGCUCUUCCCGUACCUGAACAUCAGCGGUGUAUUCUUCAUGUUCGCUGGACUCGCACUACUAUGCGGCCUGUUCAUCUACUUCUACUGCCCAGAGACCAAGGGCAUUCGACUUGAGGACAUCGAGACACUCUUCAGCCGCAGUUACCACACGGCUACGUCACCGUCCUACGGCGCGGUCAAGACCCCUGUGGCUGCUACCGACAAGAGCCCAGUCUAA